AUGUUUGUAGAAAAUAUAAUUGCAUCGCCUGGAAUUUGGACCCGACACACUGGUGUCCCUGAAACAGAAGGAAGCAUCGCUUUAUUACCGUCAACUAGUGGCCAUCAGGAGACUGGAGGCAGCGUCCUCGCAGCUCUACAAGGAGAGAUAUUUGAGUCCUUCAACAUGGCCCAGCUGUGGAAGUUGCCCGUGGUUUUUGUCUGCGAGAACAACAACUAUGGCAUGGGCACAAGCACCUGGCGUUCAUCCAGCAAUACCAAGAACUACACGAGGGGUGAUUACCUGCCUGGCAUUUGGGUUGAUGGCCAGGAUGUGCUUGCCGUACGCAGCGCCACAGAGUUUGCCAUCGGAUAUGCCCAACAGUGUGGUCCAUUGGUUCUCGAACUCUGCACGUAUCGUUAUGCGGGGCACUCAAUGUCUGAUCCUGGCACCAACUAUCGCAGUCGCGAGGAAGUGCAGGAGGUGCGUCGUCGUCAGGACGCCAUUCAGCGUUUCCGCAAGCUCUGCCUCGAACAGAAACUGCUCCCGGAAAAGGAACUCCUCGCGAUUGAGCUGGAUGUCCGCCGUGAAAUGGUACUCGCCGUGAAGGCAGCUAAAGGCGAUGCUGAAUUGCCUUUGUCGCAUCUAUGGAGCGAUGUCUAUGCCGAGAAAGAAAUCCUAGGUAAGCUGCGAGGUGUUCUUGGCCAGGAUCUGUCUCACGUGAGAACAACUAAAGGCAGGCGUCAGGAGCAUAAAUCAUCAGCUUAUGAUAGGGCAACAAAUUAUGCAGCUCAAUAGAUAUCUAAAUUGAAAUAUAUAUUUUUUUUUAAAUU